CCAAUUAGCAAUUGAUGCUCUCGGACCUUUUUGUCAAGGUUGGGCUAAGCCGCCCCUUCAACGCUAUCCAAUUGUGCGCCGGCGCGCGACGGCUCUCUAACACAUUACCUUCAUACGUGUAUACAUAUAGUCAACAGUCUUUAGCUACUAUGAAGGGAAUUAGCUUUAAAACUCGCAUGAACAGACUAUGGGGCGCAUAUGAACGUCAACUAAGUCGUCACCCGGUCGCUACCCAGAUGGCCACGUCAUGCGUCCUAUGGGGCGCUGGAGACAUCCUUGCCCAGAGGGUCGUCGAGCGCCGGCGCUGGGAUAAGAUUGACAAUCGGCGCGUGGCUGCAACAGCUGCCUUCGGGGCUUCAUUCAUGGGUCCCGUCGGACACUUCUGGUAUCACCAGCUUGACCAAAUUUGCUCGCGGUUGCUAAGAUCGGGCACACCGGCCUUCCUGGCUGCAAAGCUGAUUGCGGACACGGCCGUCAUGGGCCCACUGUACGUGGUGGCAUUCUACGCAUGGGGUAGCGCGUUCAUUGACCGGACAGGGUUCGAGGGGUUCAGGACCAAGAUCGUAAAGGACUUCCUGCCCACCUUCACCGCGGAGCUGGCUGUGUGGCCGCUGUUCCAGGCCUUCAACUUCACGCGCAUCCCCGUUGAGCAUCAGCUGCUGGCGGUCAAUGCCAUGACACUCGUGGACGCCUGCUUCCUGUCCUGGGCUCGCGCGCAGGAGGACUGGGUGUCUGAGGCCAUGGGCGCAUUCGCCAGCUGGAACGGCUCGAGAAGCAGCAGCAGCUGCGACCCGCAGCAGCCCGCGCUGACCAACCUGCAGAAACAGGGGGAGCAGCAGCGGCGAUAGCAGCAGCAGCGGCAGGAGAAGCGGCACAUGCAGCGCAUGCGGGACGGGAAGACCCAUGGGUCGGCAUGCGGGCUGGAUGAGAGUGUAUUGCAGGCUGAUGACGUGUGUCUGGUGUUGAAACGAUUGUGUUAUAACGAAUGCACCAAUAGGAAGUAUUGUAGUGACUGCGUAGUGAAUUGUGGGAGAAAGGUAUAAGCGCUGCUGGGGCUGCAGCUGGGGCUGCUGUCUUACGAAGCUAUGUCACGAUGCUGACAGAUGUGUUAGUUACAGUUACUUUGGUAGCUUGCAUGGAGCUUGCGUGCCAUUGCGCUAGCUCCAGAGUUAACAGAUUGUACGGAUUUGGGACACGUGGGGACUGAGGAGGCAGCUGACGAGCGCAGGAGUGGCUGCGAUGCGUUACGUGCGGGUGCUGGAGGUGGGGAGGGCUAGGAGCGCUAGGAGAGGGCAUUGCACGGAAAAGGAUAGUAGGCACGCGAUGUCAGCAUUACCGUGUUGCAGACCGAAUCUGUUUUGUUUGGGUUUUGCACACUGACGUCGAAAUGUGUUUACACAACCUUACCGCUUUUCCCUUUAGCUACUGUCUAUUGGCUGCCUGGGGAGCUGUCUGGGGCUUUUGACAUCUCGCCCCGUGCAUCGGCUUGGUUUCCCGUCGCACUCCGUGACGUGGCAUGUGCUAUGUACCGCGUAACGACAUGCAGUGCACCGUACGACGAAGAGGGCCUUAUUGAAGCGGCGCCUACGAGAGUGUGAGAGGGAGUGAACAGUUUUCGAGUGGCGGUGUCUUAACGAGAGUGGUGACACGCCGUUGUCGGAUGAGCGAUAGCGUGAUUUUGAUUGUGCAGCUGUUGCGUCUUGCGUCUUGCGCGCAUUUGAGGGAUAGGCAUUGCGUCCCUAGGCGCGGAGGCCUACUCAGCUGUUAAUACUGCCUUGUUUGUCGAGCAAGGUUCACUCGGUGAUGACACACACGCGAUGUGCGCGGACCGUAUUAAGCAGCUGGUUGGCACCCAGGGUCCAAACUGGGUAACUGUCCGUGUGACAAAGACAUUUGCUUUAUGGUAUAGAAUGGUUGUUUGAGUGGUGCUUGCGACUCAUGCGCUAUUGCUAUGCGGAGACCAGAUGCGGAGGGUACGGGGGGAAGCUCUUGAUGAGGGUCUCGGGCUACUCCCGGACAGCAGCCGGGUUGCGCGCUGGCUGGGGGAUGAGGAGGGGGGAGUGUAGCUGUCGCUUGUGCUUGGGUUCUUGGCGAGGAGUGCGUGACCUGUGCCUUGUCCUCAGUAGGAACGCGAGCGGCUUGCAAAGGGCUACGUGAAGUAUGUCGAUAGUUAGCUACGUUUGUCAGUUCGUACCAAAGCAUUUCCUAGACAUCCAGUGUAAACAGUUAUUCCGGCGGUUUGACAAAUCGUAAGAGCUCACGAG